AUGGAUCAAUCAUCACAAUCUUCUUCUUCUUCUUCUUCUUCUUCACAGUCAUCGUCAUUAUCAUCAUCAUCAUCAUCAUCAAGCGGCGAUGAUAAUUGUAACAUUAAAAGUAUUAUAAUGGGUGGUGCAGCUGCAACGACGAAUAGUAGUAGUAGUAGUACUACUAAACCCAAAGUCGUCCCACAAUCACCUGUCAAGCUACGAUUGGGAACAUCAUUCGUAGCACCUUAUAAAAAGAUAAAGAUGGAUGAAUUACAACAACAACAACAACAAGAGAAACAGAAACAAGAGAAUCAUCAUCAUCAUCAUCAUCAAAAUAUCAAACCAAUUACUUCAACUACUAGUAAUAGUAAUAGUAGUAAUAGUCCAAUGACAUCGGCUAUUAAAAAGAUGAUGCUUCAACCUGUAUUUGAUGUAGACCAAUUGGAAGAAAUCAAAGAAGAUAUCGUUGUACUAACCACAUUUGAUGGAAAAGAAGAACAAGUAUCACCAAAGAGGAAAAAUGCAUCGUCGGCUAGUUCAGUACCUAAAACAUCAACUGCUUCUACUACAAGUACAACUGGUACGACGACUACGACAACAACAACACCAGCACCAAUCAAGACUAAUAGUACUGUCAAACUAUCACUAAAGAGUAAUAAUCAUUUACGAAAUACCGGAGGAGUCAAUACAACCAACACCAAUACUACUACUACUACAACCUCUAAUAAUAAUAAUAAUGAUAAUAAUAAUCAUAAUCAUAAUCAUGUUGGAGAAUCACAAAUUGAACCAGAUAUAUUAGAAGCAAUUAAUUUAUUAAAGAAAUCAUUGGAAGGAAAGAAUAGAGGAGUUGCGGAUGAUAAGACGCUGUUGCCAGUGGAAUGCGAUGUGACAACACUCAACAAGACACAAAAGGAGAUAUUGGAUGUGGUAUUAAAUCAAGGCAAAAACAUAUAUUUCACGGGACCUGGAGGUACAGGUAAAAGUUAUCUCAUUAAAACUAUUGUACAGGAACUACACAAGAUGGGUAAGAGUGUGUUUGUUACGGCAACUACUGGUAUUGCAGCAUUGAAUAUAUCGGGUACUACGAUACACUCAUUUGCAGGUAUCAAAUACUCGAAUGCUGAAUUUACAGAGUUGCUAAGCUCAGCCUACUCUAAAAAGAAUAAUUGGAAGUCAUGUCAAGUACUGAUCAUGGAUGAAAUAUCAAUGUUGGAUGGUUUGUUUUUUGAAAGUUUGGAUCGUAUUGCAAGAACGAUUCGAUCGAAAAUGAAUGUAAAAAACAAACGUGUGCCACCUGGUACAGACCCUCUCUCUAUACCUUGGGGUGGCAUACAACUAGUGUUGACAGGUGACUUUUUUCAAUUGCCGCCUGUACCAUCCUACCAAGAACAAUCAAAAAUAACCAAUCCCGAUAAAUCACUCGUCAAAAAGAGAAAGUAUUGUUUCGAGGUGGACUCUUGGACCGAAUCAGUCGAUGAAAUCUACCAACUCACCGAAAUAUUCAGACAAAAGGAUCCCAAGUUUUCAGAGAUGUUGUCUAGAAUUAGAAUUGGUCAACCUGACGACACUAUCAUUCAAGUUUUAAAACAUCAUCAAAAAGAUUUGGUAUUGGGUAAUGGAAUAUUACCAACUCAACUUUAUACUACCAAUCGUAGUGUUGAAGAAAAGAAUAUUUAUCAUUUACAAAUGAUUAAAGAUGAAUCUGUAAAAUAUGAAGCAGUUGAUUAUUUGGCAGAUAAAGAAUUGUUGGCACCACCAAGACAAAAGAUAUUGACUGCAAUCUAUGAGAAUUCGAAAAAGUCAUGUUUGGCAACCAAAACCAUCGAGUUGAAAAAAGGUGCACAGGUAAUGUUAAUUCGUAAUCUGACAAGUACACUUGUAAAUGGGUCACGUGGUGUCAUUAUUGGAUUUGUGUCGCUGACACCGGAAUCCAAACGUAAAUUACUACACUAUUUUUGCGAGUCAGGUGAAGGCAGGUUGAUGGAACAAUGGCAAAGAGAAAAGAUGCGAGAUUCUAUACAACAAGCAUCAGUCUAUCUAGAAUCGCAGACACAUACUUUAUUGCCAGUGGUUCGAUUCAUCAAUGGUGAUGUAGAACUACUCAAACCUGAAAAGUUUUCAGUUCACUUUGACAAGGCAGAGAGAACCUAUCGAAUGCAGAUAUGUCUUAGAUUGGCCUACGCCAUCACUAUUCACAAAUGUCAAGGUAUGACUCUGGAUUGUGCUCAAGUAUCACUCAACAAAAUAUUUGAAAAUGGUCAAGGUUACGUUGCACUCAGUAGAUUACGUGACCUACAAGGUCUACAAAUCAUUGGUGACAUAACCAAGAAAUGUUUUACUGCUGAUCCAAAAGUAAUCAAUUUUUAUAACAAAUUAAAUAAUCCUCAGAUUCUACAAAAUCAAAUUAAUCAUAAUAAUCAAAAUAAUAAUAAUAAUCAAAAUCAAAAUAAUAAUAAUAAUAAUCAAAAUAAUUUUAAUAAUGAUCCAUUAUUAUUAUUUUCAACCAAUAAUGUCAGCUAUUUUAGAUUGGAUCAAAGAAGAGAAUACAUCCUUUGUCACAAAGAAACCUUUUACUAUCACGAUAGAUAUCUAUUGAUGGCACGACCUAAGAAGAAAAAGGUUGUAACACCAGUUAAAAAGAAUGAAAAGAAAAAGAGAAAGAAGGAAGAGGUUGAAGAUGAAGAUGAAGAUGAAGAUCUUGAACAAGUAGUAGUCGAAGAAGAAGAAUCAGAUAAAGAAGAAAAAGAGAAGAAGAAGAAAGAGAAAGAGGAAGAAGAGGAGGAGGAGGAAGAGAAAGCAAUGGUUAUAGAUACAUUGACAAUUAGAGAAUUACAAUUAAAAUGUUAUAUGUGUGAUGUUGGGUUGAUUGAUACGAUAGAUGGAGUACAAAUCAAGAAUCCACUUAGACCUUGUUCAAAUGAUGAUGAAGACGGUGGACGAUUAAACAAACAAAAGGAUACAGACUAUGUCCAAGAAGACGAUGAAGACGAAUACACUGAACGACCAAUCCAAUUUACAAAAAAUGGCCAAUCAAUUGAAUCUCCCGAUAUAUGUUAUCCAAUAUUUCCAACUAAACAACCACAAUUAAAACAUGGACAAGAAUACAAAGCACUGUUUAAAAACUUGCAAGGCGAACAAGGUAUGAUGUACAAGCAAGGAAGACACAAUGCAUUUAUUAAUUGUAGGAUGACGAUGGAAAAGACGAUAAAGAGUAUCACCGACAAGUUUACAUCGAAUCCUGAAGCAGGACCUAUAUCAGAUUAUAUCAUUGGUGCAUACGAUGCAUUGACAUUGGGUCAGGUGAGUCGUGAAAUGCGUGACAAGAGACGAACGUUGUAUGCGAGUGACACUGAACCUCUCCCAACAGUGGUGUUGAAUCGUCGGUUGGCAGCAUCACACAUUUCAACACCACUAGAGGCCAUUAAAAACUCGAUCGUUGCAAAGACUCACGCCAUGUCUGGAAAGGUCGAUACCAGUGUACUCAGACCACCAUCGAUUGUUCUCAGACCUGAAAACACAACAUCAUCAGCACUAAGAAGUAUCUAUUACCAAUUCACAACUUCAAAAUCACAACAUGAUAUACCUGGUUUAGUACCUGAUAACCCUGUCAAUGUAGAUGGUCAUGAAGGUGGUGGUGGUGGUGGAGAUGAAAAUAGUUUUGACGACAGUCGUGAAGGAGGUGACAAUGUCAAACCAAGAAAGAGUCUAACUACAUUUGUCGAUUCGGCAAAGAUACGUGAUGAACUAAUUGCUUGGUACACUAUUGGACACCAUCUACCAUUACUCACAAAGAUUGUAGAAGCUAAUCGUAGAAAUAAUCCAAAUGUCGAUCUUGAUGGAGUUAAAUUUAAGCGAGUCACUCCUAUUGUUGCUUUGGAAGCUUUCGAAUCUUGGGAUACUAUUAUAGUUCGUGAUAUUAUAUUAUUUUUACAUUCACUUCAAAAAUCAAUACCAUUUAUAUUAUUAUUAUCAGUAUCAACUACAUUUGAUGCAAUCAAUCAAAUUCCGAGAGAAGCUAUUUCACUCAUCUCUAACAAAUGUUUUACAUUGCGAUCACAGAGCAUGGCAUUUGAUUCGUUUGUCAAGGGCGUGUUUGUGGAUUUUAGCUCGAUUGUUGAGUUUGGUCCACAAGUAUACGCAUUCUUGUAUGAACAAUUUGUACUCAACCAUUUAUCAAUGGAAACAUUAGCAAAUCAAUUAUUUUAUAUAAUGAAACAUCAUUUCUUUGAUCAUCCAUUAUCAUUUUUAUGUCAUGAAUCAUUUGGUAGGAUGGUUGAUCAGUCUUUGGGAAACAAGGAUCCAAGAGAUAAAGAUAAUGAAGAGAUGAGAUCUGGAAAUGGAGGAAUAGAAGACUCGUAUGAAGUGAACAAUGGGUCGUAUGAGGACAAGAAAGAGGUUAGCGAUAGAAGUGAAUGGACUGAUCACAGUAGUAUUAAAGAGUCGGAUAUGGGAGGUUCGGAUGACGACGACGAUUGGUCACCACCACAAAAAUCUGUAUUCAACCAUGAAGAUGGAACCGAGUAUGAACCAUCAGACGAUGACUCUGAAAUGACUCUAGCAUCUGAUAUCUCACACGAAAGUUAUUCACCACCACUCAAUUUCAAUAAUAAUAAUAAUAACCACCCUUCCAAUGGGCAUCUACUAGUAGUAGGGGAGCAGUCAUCAGCAGCAACAGUCCACACACCAACGAGAACUAGAGUUCUGGAAAAGAAGAAACAAGAUCAUCUUGACGACCUCUUUGAAAUGAAUCAAGGUUUCAAAUUACUUUAUCCAAGCGUGUUGCUUGGACUCAAGGAUCUCUCGGAAACCCAUAUUGGGAAUCUUCACGACUCUGAUGUUAUUAGAAUAUACCUACGUCGACUGGGACUGGCGUCACAUCAAGACGAACUAAUACACCUCAAGAGCAUGUAUUCUAAAUUCAUUAUCGAUAUCUUUGCCUUUAGAUCUCUUCGUCCUCAUCUCAUCGAAUUUUAUUUUACCCUCCUCAAAUCCAUCCCUUCUCGAGAGUAUAGCUCAGUAAGUGGUGGAGUAGCUGGAGGACAAGGACAACCAAUCAGUUACAGUUACCUCUUGUAUCAUAUUGCAAAGAAAACUGAUAAAUCACUUUUACAAGUAUUUUUAAAUUAUUUAAAAAAAAAACCAAUAGAAGAGACACUUGAUAUUUUGGAAUCUGGAUUAUCAGUUAUUUCAAAUAUGGAACUUGGGUCUAUGCACCGACUCAUUAGGAUGAUGUCGGCAACAAAAUCAAAUUAUUACAAGGAACUAAUCUCUACCGAGAUCUCUAGAAUUUCAACAGACUUGGGAAAGAUUAUUUUAAAAUUUAAAGAGGCAAAAGUACAACUAGAAUUGGAAAAGGAAAACAAAGAUAAAAUGAUGUUGGAUCAAGAUGCUGACUCUAGUAUAGAAAUGCAAGAAAUAAAAAUGAAAGGAAAUAAAGGUAAAAAGAGAUCAGAAUCAAUUAAACAUUUGACACGUGUACCACAAUCGGCCAUCCUAUUAGAAAGUGCUCAAAAAUUAUUAGGACAUUUCCUUUCUCGUGCUUGUGAUAAAUUUAUAGCACCUCAAUUAAGUGAAUUCCCAUUAUACGAAAUAUUCUAUCAAAAUGAUGUUCAAGUGUUAAAGAGAGCUUUUGAUGUUCAACAUGCAUCCGAUAUUCAAAAACAUAUUGAAACAUCAUCUCAAAUCCUUGGUUGUUCAUGUUGUCCAAAGAAUGGAAUAUCCCCAAAAAGUGAAGAUGUUACCAUUAUGUAUAAAGUAUUUAAAGAAUCUGGACGAUAUAUUAAUAUUUAUGAUUGGUUGAAUUCAUAUUGUAUGUCCAAAGGUAAAAAAGGAAUUCCCGAUGAACAACAAGCAGUCUUUUCAAAAACAGCUGAUAUCCUUCAAAUCCUUGGCAUUGUGAAACGAACCAAUCGAAGAACAGAUCACGUUGUCAAAGCUUUUUUUUAG